GCCGGGGCUGGGGAUGCAGCGGCCGGCGGGCUGAGCGGCCGAUCGCAGCCCCCGCCGGGCAUGUGCCCUGGGCUCGGGAGCCAUGUCCAGGGUGAGCGGCCCCGGGCCGGCCGGCGGCCCCAAGGAGAAGCGCUCCUUCAGCAAGCGGCUCUUCCGGGGCCGGGCCGGCGCGGGCUCGGCCCGCUCGCUCAGCGGCUUCAUGAGCCGGGUGCUCAAGACCCUCUCCACCCUGUCGCACUACAGCUCCGAGCCCGAGGCGGCCCGCGGCCCGCCACCCCCGCCGCCCCGCGGCCUGGGCAGCUGCUUCCACCCGGCCCGCCCGCCGCAGAGCCCCGAGCCGGAGCCGCCGCCCGAGGCGCCGGAGCCGGGCCCGGAGCCGGUGCCCGGGGUGGCCGGGCUGAAGAACCACGGGAACACGUGCUUCAUGAACGCCGUGCUGCAGUGCCUCAGCAACACCGAGCUCUUCGCCGAGUACCUGGCGCUGGGGCAGUACCGGGGCGGGGGCGAGGGCGAGCCGCCCUGCGCCGGCGAGCGGACCCCCCCCGACAACGCCGCCCCGCCGCCGCCGCCCAAGGGCGAGGUCACCGAGCAGCUGGCGCACCUGGUGCGGGCGCUGUGGACGCUGGAGUACACCCCGCAGCACAGCCGCGAGUUCAAGAGCAUUGUCUCGAAGAACUCCAUGCAGUACCGAGGGAACUCGCAGCAUGAUGCACAGGAAUUUCUGCUCUGGCUGUUAGACAGAGUUCAUGAAGACCUGAACAAUUUAGUGAAAUACAGUGGCAGACCUCCAUUGAAGCCACCAUUGGAAGAUGCUGCACUGCUCGAGGCACCAGGCUUUCCAAUCAGUAGCACUUUCGUACAGGAACUCUUUCAAGCCCAGUACAGGUCCUCUCUGACGUGCCCUCAUUGUCAGAAGCAGAGUAACACCUUUGACCCUUUCCUCUGCAUCUCUCUGCCAAUUCCUCUGCCUCAUACACGACCUCUGUAUAUCACUGUGGUGUAUCAAGGGAAGUGUUCACAUUGCAUGCGCAUCGGUGUGGCAGUGCCUCUGUCUGGAACAGUGGCGAAGUUGCGUGAAGCAGUAUCCAUGGAAACCAAGAUUCCCACUGAACAGAUUGUGCUGACGGAGAUGUACUAUGAUGGGUUCCAUCGCUCCUUCUGUGACACUGAUGACCUGGACACGGUUCAGGACAGUGACUGCAUUUUUGCCUUUGAGACCCCCGAGAUAUAUAGGCCUGAGGGGAUCCUUAGUCAGAGAGGAAUUCAUGUGAACAAUAACCUGAAUAACUUGAAAUAUGGCACUGACCACCACAGAACAUCAUCUUAUACACAAGGGGUGGUGAAGUCUGGGAAACAGGAAACCUCUACUCGCUCAGCAGCCAGUGACAAGAUUGUAUUGCUGGUCUGCAACAGAGCAUCUACUGGACAGCAGGGGAAAAGGUUUGGCCAGCCCUUUGUGUUGCACCUGGAGAAAACAAUUGUAUGGGAUCUUCUCCAGAAGGAAAUCCUGGAGAAGAUGCAGAAUAUUCUGCGGCCCUCAGCCUGCAUUCAGGUGUGUCCAUUCAGCUUGCGGGUGGUUAGCGUUGUGGGCAUAACAUACCUAUUACCUCAGGAGGAGCGGCCCCUCUGCCACCCCACUGUGGAACGGGCACUGAAAUCAUGUGGACAGGGUGGAACUGCUCAUGUCAAGUUGGUGGUAGAAUGGGACAAAGAGACUAAAGAUUAUUUGUUUGUGAACAUGGAGGAUGAGUACGUCCCAGACUCCGAAAGUGUCCGUCAGCAGAAGGAGCUUCAUCACCAGCCUCAGUCCUGCACUUUAUCUCAGUGUUUCCAACUUUACACCAAAGAGGAACAGCUUGCUCCAGAUGAUGCAUGGCGCUGCCCCCAUUGCAAACAGCUGCAGCAGGGGAGUAUUACAUUGAGCCUAUGGACCUUACCCGAUGUUCUCAUCAUACAUCUAAAGAGGUUUAGACAGGAAGGAGACCGAAGAAUGAAACUGCAAAACAUGGUCAAGUUCCCUCUGACCGGCUUGGAUAUGACCCCUCACGUCGUCAAACGCAGUCAGAGUAGCUGGAGUCUGCCAUCUCACUGGUCCCCAUGGAGACGACCCUACGGUCUUGGAAGGGACCCUGAGGAUUAUGUCUACGACCUGUAUGCGGUGUGCAAUCACCACGGCACUAUGCAAGGAGGGCACUAUACAGCAUAUUGUAAGAAUUCUGUAGAUGGCUUGUGGUACUGCUUCGAUGAUACUGACGUGCAGCAGUUGGCAGAAAAUGAAGUCUGCAAGCAGACAGCUUACAUCCUCUUCUACCAGAGGCGCACAACAAUCCCAUCAUGGUCGGCUAACAGCUCUGUGGCAGGCUCUACAAGCUCUUCUCUGUGUGAACACUGGGUGAGCCGGCUUCCUGGCAGCAAACAGCCCAGCAUCGCCUCCGCAGCUUCCUCCAGACGCACGUCUCUGGCCUCGCUUUCAGAAUCAGUUGAGCUGACUGGGGAAAGGAGUGAAGAUGAUGGGGGGUUCUCGACUCGACCCUUUGUAAGAAGCGUCCAGCGUCAGAGUUUGUCUUCUAGAUCCUCUGUCACCAGCCCUCUGGCAGUAAAUGAAAAUGGGAUUCGGCCAUCCUGGUCGCUGUCUGCGAAGCUGCAGAUGCGCUCCAACUCUCCUUCACGCUUCUCUGGAGACUCUCCUGUGCGCGCUUCUGCCUCGACACUGGAGAAGAUCGGGGAGGCUGCUGAUGAUAAAGUGUCCACCUCCUGCUUUGGUAGCUUAAGGAACCUCUCCAGUAGUUACCCAGAACCAAGUGACAGCAGCAGCAGGCGAGAACAUAGGACAGUGGGCAGAGCCCCUCUGGCUGUCAUGGAAGGGAUGUUCAGAGAGGAAUCUGCUGCAAGGAAAUCAAAUUCUGCUUUCAUGGACCCAUAUGGGAAAAGCUUGGUGCAAGCAGACAGGAGCCAUCUGGCUCUGGACCCUUUUGAUAACAACAAUCAAAUUGCUUUUGUGGAUCAGAGUGACUCUGUGGAGAGCUCUCCAGUCAAAGAGGUGAAAGCCCCCAGUGGGACAGGGCUGCUCUCCGAGAAGGCAGAUGGCAUCCCCAAGAAGGCUCCCAGCUCCAAAGGCAUUUCUGAGCCAGAUAAAAAUUUGAGGAAAGGAAGGACAGUCUUGUCUAGCCAAGAAUCCCCAAUUUCUCACCCGUCUCCUGCCUCUGCCCCUCCCUUAAAGACCUCUCAGAAGGUUUCCCGUUCUAGAAGCAAGACAGAUUCUUCCAGGGCCAGUGGGCGACAUGCAUCUCCUGCUUCUGGCCAGGCUAGAAAGGAAUCUGGCACCAAACUCCAGGAAAGCCAGGCUGUGUCAUUGACUCAACAGAAACACAAGUCAGUUUCUUCCCCAUCCUCCACAGCUGCUAAGAAAACCACUUCGGGGUCAGUGACACGGGGGCCCUCUGCUGGGAAAAGCAGGACUUCAGACCGAAGCCUCAGCAGGGAGGGCUCCAAGGUAAGCCUUGGCUCGGAUAAGACCAGUGUCACUUCCAGCUCAAGAACUAGCUCUCCUCGGAUAAGCCAGCCUAGAAGCGAGAGCAGAGCAAUGGACAGCAAGCAUGUGCGGAGCUCCUCAAUGGCCAGCCUGAGGUCCCCAAGCAUCAGCAUGCGUUCGGGUUUAAAGAGGGACAGCAAGUCGGAAGAUAAAGGGCUGUCUUUCUUCAAAUCAGCCCUGAGGCAGAAGGAGACCCGGCGGUCGGCUGAUCUUGGAAAGACGACAAUGCUGUCAAAAAAGACUGCAGGUGGCUCCUCCAAGCCAGGCAGUAAAAAUGUGGCAGAAGACAAGUCAGAGAAGAGCAGCCUCCCACCAGCCUCUCUCACAAACCCCAGCAUUGCUGUGAAAGAGAAGCUUGCCCUGAAAGAUGCCACACCCAGCAAACAUUCUCUGCUGUCCAGCCGCAAAUCCAAGUCUUCCCAGCUAGACCCCGGAGCGCAGUCUCCUUCCAGUGACAAACAGUCUGCUGACAAGUCACUGAAAAAGUUACCUUCCAGCAUGCACAUGUCUGCACGGCCUUCUCCGAAACCUCAGUGAGAUGCUGCAAUCCAGGUGUUUUUCUUUCUUCUGCUGAGAGCUAAUUUAUUCUGAAUUCUUGUUGGUUUUUUUGUUCAUGUGCCUAAUGUGUGUUUGAGGAGAACUUAACUGCAAAUUGGUAAAGCGCCUUUUGAUUCUGCCAUCAAACCAAAUAGCCACAGCUGGCCAGCACUGAUACCAAGUGAAGUCCAGCUGGAGUCAUAGAACAUGAACGCAGCUGUCCCAUAGCACUUGUACAGAAGUCUCUUUAUAGAAAAAUGCAACAACUUUCUUCAGACAGCAGGUUUGAAACCUGUGACCCAGUUAUACUGUAAUUAGCGUGCUUUAUAGAACUGUCAACUAAUAUUCCAUUGGUUUGUCUAAGCAGGUGCCAUCUGUGGUGAUGGGUGGCCUGGUUCUUGGCUGCAGAAGAUGCUAAGGGACCUGUGAAAAAGAGAGAGACUGCCGCUUCUUUGUGUUCUCCCCAGCCCCCCAUUUUCCAAGCUUUUUAAAGGGCAAUAUCUCAACACUAAUGUUGUUUCUCAGGUAUAUACUCAGCCAGUAUAGGAGGGUUAGCAUUAGUGGCUGGACAGCUCCAAUAGGUACUCCCAUGUAUGUGUGUGCAGAACAGGUUUCAUAUUUUCAUUCCAACAGGCUUAAUUAUUUUUAUAAAAUAUAACUUGCAUUUUGUUGCCAUAUCUGGAGACUCUACUGUCUGCUCCAGCUUCCUUCUUCCUUUGAGGUGUUACACUACGCAACAGAGAAAAUGACUAGUCACUAGCUAUGAAAUGUCCAAGGUGAAAGAUUAUUAUAAUGCCUAGAAAGACAGCUGGAAUUCUUAAGUCUUGAAUAAUAGUGAAGCUGGUAGGACCCUUAUGGUUAAACCCCUGAGAAGCAUUUUCUAACACACAUGCUCAGAUGCUUAAUUGGCAUCUCUCUAUCUGCAGGAGACGUGAAUAGAUGUGCCACAUGUUCUGUGCUCCCUUUUUGCAUUUUCUGAGUGUGUUUCAACGCACCUCUGUGGGGUUGUAUUUUGACCAAUAGUGUAGUCCCACAUUCUUCUCUUCAUUCUACAUUUCUAAUGCUUGCUGACAGGUCCAGCUGCAACAGUGUCUUACAAGACACGUCUGGUUUCUGAUCAGACGAGGAAUUCUGUCAGGGUUAAAACACUACAUCGGCAACACCUUUGCACACACUGCCUCUCUGAAAGGUGGCUUCUCUUCCCCCAAGUCCUUUGAUACACACGUGGCAUUGUCUGUUUUUAUUCCAUGAGCUGCUGCUGCUGAAUUGCAUUCUCAUUUUAAGAAAACAACAAACUGUGUCCUUCAUGUAUGGAAUCAUGUUUUGUGAUAAAUGGUGUAUGAUAGCUCAGUUGUACGGUGUGCACAAAUGAUCUCCAGUUUACAUUAUUAUGCACAUUCAUUCUUUGCCUGUCACAUGAACACUUCUUGCUCUGUGAGCUUAGUGUGUGGACAGACCUAUUUAUUAACCUUUCCUGCUCAGUAUUACAGUAACAAAUGACCCUGGAACAAAUAGUUAUUGUUAAAUAUCUGGUUCAAUCUCCUCUCUUGAACCUGUUGGGGAAGUUGCUCACAGGUCACUGAUUGUGGCUGCUCCUUGGUCACUUACACUUAGCUCAUUUGCAACAAGCUGUUGAGAGAUUUACUUUCAGGGUAGCUUCAACUGGUAACACAAGACUUGCAUAUAUGGCCUCAGACGUGAUUGUGCAUACCACAAAGCUCUGUGUAACCACACCAUCCAGUCCAGACCAUACCCUCUGCAGGACAAGCAUUCUUCAUCCCCACAAGCAGUGAUAGUAGCCUGUAAUGCCUCUCUCUACUCUGCCUGACCUUCCAUGUCGUGGAUUAUGUCUUAAAACCCAAACAUGGCCAUUUUCUCCAUUCAUUCCUGUUCCUAUAUCACACUUAGUGGAGCAAAAAGCGGGCAAGAGGCAUAGAAAAUUGAUCUUAAUUUGUGAAGCUGGAUUGUUUUGUUUCUUGUUUCCUGAACAGGCAGGCGUUACUGGGCAUAUUCCUCUAGUCAUAAAUUUCUACCUAAAACUUCUGAUAUUGAAGCAUUACUUUAAGGCUUUGUCAACAUGGUUUGCGCUCUCAAGACAUCUCCUAAGUUGCAACAGUGCUAACAUGGUCUGACCUCUUACUAUAGACUGGGCCUAGUUUGCCACCUCAUUGUGCAAAGUGAUCAUAUGGAAUAGCUUCCCUCUCCUGUGCACUCGUUCAUUGAGCAAUUCCUGUAUUACAUACAGCUGAAAGUUGGUUUAGGGUUUCCAAGUGGUAGCUUUACUUCUUGUGUUCACUGCCUUAUUGAAGCAAAUCUGCAGCAAUGACUUUGAGAUUGUGUCGUAGACCAAUGCUAAUCCAGUGUGCUUGUACCAUGUGGUGAGCUUGCUAUGUAGACAUAGGCUGCAGUACCAAAAUGGGAGCAAGAAGUUUAUUGUUGCCAAAUAGUCUAAUAGUUAAGAUAAAAAACAGCCAAACUGCCCCUUUAUGGUAGGUAACCCCAAUCGGGGCCUGCUGAUAAUCCCUCCUUGGGAAUUCCUACUAGCUCCAAAAUCAUCUCUCUCCUUCUGCAAACUGUCCAAUGUGAGUUGGUACCAGCACCUUUGAAAAUGGGAACUAUGAUACACAGGACCCUUGCGUCUGGUCAAUCCCACCCGUCGGAAGUUUUUAGAAUAUCACCCUCUUCCCAUUAAUUUUUGUCUCGGGGAAGAGUGUAAUAACGAAAUCUCUCCUUAAAGUGAGUGAUGUGCUGUUCUCCUGUGACAGACUGCCUGCACUUGAGAGAUAUUUUUGAGUAGGCAGGCUGAGCCAUACAGCAAAUCACUUCAGUUUAUAUAGGGCAGUGGAUUUCUGUUGGUGGUCUCAGAAAGUGGCUAAAAGAUGAUGGCCGUGACUCUUAACAGUAACUAGAACUGGAGCUGUGUCUUUAUGGGCAGAUGAAACACGAACACAAAACUAUCUGGAAAGCAUCACGAUUGUUGGCUGCUUUUCUGUGCAUCCUCUGCCCUCGGGUUCUAUUGAUAUCGAUAGAAUGUGAAAUUCCGGGAAUAUGUGAUGCUUGGCCUGGUGGUGGCGGCUCUAGAAAAGAACCCCCCUGAAUACAAAUCUAAGCCAAGCAUCUGUCCUGUUAGCCCUGAAUGAACCAGUUAUGGGGAGUGGAUUUUUCUAGGGCCGUCUGCACGAUUUUGGAGGCUUCCCAGUGAGAUAAUUUGGGGAGGAGGGACAUCAUCUCAAUCUCGUUCCCUCACUUCCCCAUCACUCUGCUUUCUCUCCUGUCUACAAGAUGAGAGGAAGGGGAAGCAGCUGGUGUGUGCUGUUCAGCACAACAGUUCGACCCUAAAUUAGGGGUAACCCCAGGACAGGGUCCCUUUAGCCGUGAGUUUUGGAAGUCCUAAAAGCCAGGUCUGGCAGGGAUUUAUGUCUUAGUCCGUAAAGGUCUUGGACUGCCCUGAAGCAGUUACCUGUACCUGGUUUACAGUAACUUCAUUUAGCUUUGGCUCCCAGAGCAGCUCAUACCUGAUGUGGAGAUGCAACCUGGGGGGAUGGCAGGACCCGGGAUGCCAUUCUGAUCUCAUGGGUUUGUAUGCUGGGUCCUGUAGGCUUCAUGUCUGCAGCUCUGAAUUAGACAAGUGGCUGUAAUCCUGCUCCAUUUUAUUAGUCAGGCGCAGCCUUUGGGCUUCUGUUGAAUUGCCAGUGUAGCCUUUAGUGGGGCCGAGCCUGGUCUCCAGCUUGUUUAGCUCACAGGUGAGAUCCUGCAAGACCAGAGACUGAUGAACUAGAAGAGAAAGUUACAGUACUAGAUGUAAGAGUCCUUUGAGUAGGGAAUUCCAGUGCUAGCCCUGUCUUUGAAGUUCCAGCAGAGCCACACAAUCCUCGGAGGAUAAGGGAGAGAGUUAGUCAUCUGAAGGGCUUAAUAGAUGGUUAUAACCAUCUGUGGGUGGGCCUGGUGUAAAUUAAUUCAUUUCUUGAAGUGUGGCAAUUAAAAUGUCUUUAGUUACUCGCUUCUAAUCCUGAUUGCAGAAGAGCUGAGCCUUCAUUCCAUAGCUAGACUCUUGCUAGAGCCAUUUGAAGAAAUUAUUUUCACCCUUCUGGGCAAGGUUUUUUGGGAAGUAUUUAGUAGUAUGUGAACUAGAAGUACAUUUUCAAUUAAAUGUGUUUAUAGAGGCACUUUGUAUUUUGUAUUACUUGCAUUUGAUAGACAAACUGGUGCCUCCAAUUCUUUGUAAGUGUGAUAGGUGUCUCUCACUUUGGAUGGAUGUGCAAACUUUUAACCCUUUCAAACUUAGGCGAUCUGUAUAGCUAAGUCAAAAAAGACAUGCUUUAGAUAGAAAAUUAACAGCUCAAUUACAGUACGUUUAGCUCACUGCAAGUUCUCUGGUCUCUACACGCAGAGCUGUCUCCUUGUCACAACAGAAAUUUAAGCAUGACCAACCAUUUUUUCUAAGAAACGAAGACAGUUUUUGCAUGGCAAUUCUUGCUGUAUCCUGACUGCAUGCACUUAUUAACUAUGCAAGCAUUAAUAUAAACUAUAGAUUGCACUGUCAGUAUCACAAGCUACUAGGUAGACUCUGGAGCUCUGUUUUUGAAUCUGUAAUUUUAUUUCCCAAUACAGCUACAACUCAGCACAGAAAGUAUCAAGCACCAGAGAAGAGCAUGUAUCAUAUUUCUUGCUUUAUUUGCACAUCUUUUAUUCUCUUUACUUUGCAGAAUGUUGGAUUACUGACAAGACCGCAGUGUAGAGUAAAGUCAGAAAGGAAUCGGAAGUGUUGAAAUGAGAACAAACUGGUUUUCUCUAUAUAUUUUUUUAAAACUGGAAUAGCCUGACUCUGUUAUGUUCUGUAUGUAGCCUGCCACUUUCUAUAUGGUUUUAAUGACACAUUCUGUACAUCAUGUUGAGAGACAAGGAGGCAGGGGCGGCUCCAGGCCCCAGCAUGCCAAGCACGUGCUUGGGGCGGCACGCCGCAGGGGCGCUCUGCUGGCGCUGC